GGAUGGUCCUGGGGGGUGAAGCAGAAGUUGUACCCUGCUGGAAACAGCGGGACUUCUGCCAGUUAACCCGUGCGAUGCUGCGCAUCGCCGGGUUAACUGAAUGUCAUUUAUAAACGCCGGGAUGCGCGAACGCACUGCACAACCCGGCGUUUAUAUAUGACAUUCUGCGGGAAGGGGUUAAACAUAAUAAAACGCACAGAUAGUAUCAUGACCAGAGCUUUUUCUUGCAAAACUGCUAAAAUGCAAUUAUGCCCAAAAAAGCCCCCAAGAGCCCUAAUUCAUGAAGUUCUAAAAGAUAUAAGUCUAUGAGAAAGAUUUGGUGGUGUAGUAAAAGAAUGACAGAAAGAUUAGGGCAGAAAUAUAAUAAGUAUAUAAUAGAAUUCUGUGUGUACUAACAAUAGAAAUACUCUGGGUACUCCGAAAGGGAAAAUUUUCAAAUCAACUAGUGGCAGAAAGUCAUAUAGGUGUUUUCAGGCUCUGACCUGUGACCAUGGCCUCUCCACAAGACCCAUUGCUGAAGGAGGAGGAAGAAGCAAUGGAGGACCAUAGUGAUAUGGAUGUAGAAAAGGGCGAUAUCCCUGAGAGGCAGAACCUGCCAUCUCUAAGCGUGAUGUCCACCGCACGUUCCAUCAUCACCGUAGUGAUCCUCGCCUUUGUUAAUUUGCUCAUCUAUGCAAAUCGCUCCAGCGUGGCGGGGGUGCUGCCUUAUAUACAGAAAGCAUAUGACACCAAUGCUAGUCUGUCCGGCUUAUUGAAUACAUUGUUCAUUGGAAGCUACGUGCUGGACGCACCAAUUGCCGGAUAUUUGGGCGACCACUGUAAUAAGAAAUAUACUGUUUGCGCAGGAGUCAUCGUUUGGCUGAGCAUGACACUUACCCUGUCAUUCAUCCCUGACGGGUACUUCCUGCUCUUCCUGCUGACGAGUGGACUGGUUGGAGCCGGAGAGGCGACUUUCUGCACCAUCGCCCCCUCCAUCAUUGCAGACCUUUUUACAAGUGACCAGCGGACCCGCAUGCUGAACGUGUUUUACUCCGUCAUACCUGUAGGCUGCGGACUAGGAUACAUCAUCGGGCCCAAAGUGACUGAUGCAGCAAGGGGUGAUUGGCACUGGGCAUUUAGAGUGACCCCUGGCCUGGGCCUCAUAGCUGUGGCUUUGAUGAUUUUGGUCACAAAAGAGCUUCCAAGAACGACUACAAACGGGAAGAACAACAAAUCCCAGAAGUUUGCCAAAUGGGCGACAGAUCUGAAAAAACUAUUUAAAAAUCGAAGCUUCAUGUUAACCACCAUGGGAUCGACGGCUGUAUCCUUCAUAGUGGGAGCCAUAGGUGUAUGGGGUCCGUCAUACCUGACCCACGCACGAACACUCCUACAAGAGAAGGACCCUUGCCGUGCUGAACCGUGUGACUAUCACGACAUCCUAAUAUUUGGUGUGGUUACAGUCGUUUCCGGGAUUCUGGGAGUUGUAGCAGGGACGGAGAUAAGUAAAAGAUAUCGCAAAUCCAACCCACGGGCGGACCCGCUUGUGUGUGGAUGCGCGAUGAUGCUCUCCGCCCCUUUUCUUCUGUUGGCAUUGACUUUUGGCAACAUCAGUCUCGUUGCCACCAACAUCUUCAUCUUCAUCGGAGAGACGCUUCUGUCAGUAAAUCCCUCAUAUCUGACAUUAUACUAAAAGUAGUAACUCCGUGGAGGAGAUCUUCAGCCCUGGCCGUGCAGAUGACAAUCUAUCACCUCCUAGGUGACGCCGGCAGCCCGUACCUCAUCGGCCUGAUAUCUGACACCUACGAACGAGGAUAUGCCAAAUCCCCUCUUCUGAAAUACCGCAGCCUGGAGUAUGCCCUCAUAACCUGCACCAUAAUGGCAGUCAUCGGAGGGGCCUUCUUCAUGGCCACGGCCCUAUAUAUAGAGAGGGACGAAAAAGAAGCAGAGAUGGAAUCAGAACCUCCGUCAUCCUCCUCCUCCUCACUGCUUCCUGCCGAUGAGGACCACGCUUCAGACUGAGGAAAAGUCAUUGCUUACCUUUAUCUCGUUUACUUCAUUAAAAAAAAAAUU